AUGCUUUUUACGCAUUUCUUAGGAUUUACUGCAGGUACCAUUGAUUCGCGGCAGCGAGAUACUGGUAAUAUUGGUAAUCAUUCUCUUCAGUCAAAUUCAGCGAAGGAAAUUUAUCAACGGACAUCUAUAGUUACCAAUGCAAACAAAAAUCCUGCUGCAAUUUUUGGCGAAAAUAAGCCCAAAAAACCUAUUGAUUUGACUCUCUAUCAUGCAUUACUGGCUUCUAUAUCAGUCGUUGUUGUAUCAGAAUUGGGCGACAAGACAUGGUUUAUUGCUGCAAUCAUGGCAAUGAGGCAUUCUCGGUUAACUGUUUUCUGCGGAGCAAUGGCAGCUUUAAUUUUGAUGACACUUUUAUCAGCUGGACUGGGAUGGUUUACUCAGGUCAUGCCACGAUUGUUAACUUAUUCCAUUUCUACUGCACUUUUCGCAUUAUUUGGUAUGAAAAUGUUGUACGAUGGAUAUCGAAUGUCUCCAGCUGAUGGACAGGAGAAUUAUGCAGAAGCAAAAACGGAAAUCCAGAAGAAAGAACUGCUUUCUGAUUCUUCUAAAGCUGAUAUAGAAAGUGGAGGAAUUACUAUGCCAAACCAGAGUUCAACACAUGCGCUUGUAUGUAUGAUUUCUGCACUUUUUUUGGAGACUUUUACGCUCACAUUUCUGGCCGAAUGGGGCGAUCGCAGUCAGCUGACCACAAUAAUGUUGGCAGCCCGUGAAAAUAUCUAUGGUGUAGUGAUUGGUACUAUAGUCGGACACGCAUUCUGUACAGGAAUUGCCGUUAUCGGCGGUAGACUUGUUGCUACUCAAAUAUCAGUAAGAACAGUUACGUUAAUUGGAGGCAUAGUAUUUAUCUUGUUCGCGUUUUCUGCUUUUCUUGUCACUCCGGAAUCGGAAUAA